AUGUCAGAAUCUGAAAUAGUCCUUUAUGACCUCGCCAGCAAACAUGGCAAAGCAUGGUCACUCAACCCGUGGAAGACCCGCAUGGUCCUAAACUACAAAUCCAUCCCCUACAGAACCCACUUCCUCGAAUACCCAGACCUCGCCCCAACCCUCCUCUCCCUCGGCAUCCCGCCCAACCCAAAAUCCACCCCCGGCUACGCCGCAGACUACACCAGUCCCGCAGUCCGCUACGCCGAUGGCACCUACGGCAUGGACUCGUGGCCCAUUGCGCACACACUCGAGACGCAGUACCCAGAGCCUAGUCUGCACCUCGAGGACCCCAUCGUGGUGCAGGUGCGCGAUGCUAUUAUGCAGCUGUUUGUGCCGCUGCGGGCGCACUUGAUUCCCAAGGUGCCGGGGGUGCUGUCGGAGCGGAGUCAGGAGUAUUUUUAUAGGACGAGGAGGGAGCGAUUUGGCAGGCCGUUGCAAGAGGUUGGGGCUGAGGCGGGCGAGGCAGAGUGGGAGACUGCGAGGAAACCGGCAGAGAUGAUGGGGGAUAUGUUGAGGAGGAAUGGGGGGCCGUUUUUCUUGGGGGAUAAGGUGUCGUACGCGGAUGUCAUUUUUGUGACGGCGCUGCAUUGCUUCAAAUGUGUGGAGGAGGAAUUAUUCACGAAGCUGGUAGCUCUGGAUCCUGCGUUUAGCAAGAUCUAUGAGGCGUCGAAGCAGUGGUUAGAAAAGGACGACUAG